ACAUUGUCAGGGUCUGGACUCACAUUCCUUAGUGGUGACAGGAUGAAGAGUACAUGUUCUGAGUGUUAAGGGCUGAGUUCUUCUGUAUUUACCUGCAAUCACUCAUGUUGGGAUAUCUCUGCCCAUCAGAGAAGUGAGAAGUGGAGGCUUUUAUCGCAGCAAAGUGAGAAAUGUACCAGCCUGAGGUCCCUGCAUCUCCUAGGGGUCAAUGACUCCUUAGUGUAAUCACUUUCUGACCAAGGCUAGACCACAGAGCAACUUCACAUCUGAGGAUAUUAGUUCUGAAGACCUGACACCUUAGUUGUCUCAAGGACCCAGUCAUGGGGAGCUCGCUGCAUUUCUUCUCUUGGAUUGCUUUUCUGGUGUUGAGACCAUAUGGAAAUCAGGCUCAUGGGAAUUACACACGGCCACAGGUUCAUCCAGGCUUUCAGGUCUUGAAAUCAGCAUCACACUAUUGGCCCUUAGAAGUGGUAAAUGGAAUCCGCGAGUUACCUAGGGUGGACGACAUCAGGAGCGGUUCUGGUAAUGAAAGCAAUAGAACAGUCAUCAUCCACAGCUACAUUGUGCUUCCUUACCAUAACACCUCCUUAGUCAGUAGCAAUGACUCUGCCUACUCUAACCUGUCUGCAACUGUAGAUAUUGUAGAAGGGACGGUGAAUCAUGGCAUUGUACUUAAUGAUCAGAAGGGAGUGACCCUGCUAUACUUUGGAAGUUCUAAAAACUCUUGUAUCAGUGAUCCAAGUAUAUGUGGGCCAGAAGGUGUCUCGUUUUCAUUUUUUUGGAAAAUCCAGGACCAACAACCAAAGAAACAGCAGGAUACCUAUACCCACAAUUACCAGCAAAUUUCUUCUCCAAAUGGGGGCAAUAAGGCUCAUCAAGCCUUUGGGAAAAAAGUAACUUCUCAUGGUUUUGAAAUCUAUUCAGAUGAACAUGAUGGUUUUGUGGAGGUUUACACUCGUGGUAACUCAAAGGUGUGGAAGGCACGCAUUAAAGCCCCAGGCCCUUACUGGACACACGUCCUGUUUACCUGGACUUCCACUGCAGGUCUGAAGGUUUAUGUUAAUGGCACGUUCAAUGCAAGUGAUUCCACAGGUCAGGUUUCCCAGAGUUAUGGGGAUAGUAACGACAGCCUGGUUGUUGGAACCAACAGUGAUCUUAACAAACAUUAUGUGAAUGGAGCUUUCGAUGAGUUCAUCAUAUGGGAGAGAGCGCUCAAUCCACAUGAGAUCCACCACUAUUUUACAGCUGCCACUGGGGAUGAAACCUUUCCUACUGCAACAGUAUCUAGUCCUCCAGGCACAUCACAUCCGACGGUGUCCACAAAUGCCUACAAUCUAAUUUUAACAAAUCUGACCCAAGACAGAGGGAGAUCUUCCCACUCACUGCCUGUGUUAGGCUACUUGGAAGUUGUCUCACAGACCCUGCCCAAUAAAUCCUUGACCAAGGAUACCGCAGGCAACUUGACUCAGGCCUUCCUCAAAACUGUGGAAGAAGUUCUUUCUUUCCCUACCUGGAGUGAUACACCAACAGUUUAUCCUGCUGUUGGAGGACUCAUUGAUACCGUUGAUAAAGUCAUGGGGCAUAUGGCAAUAAACCUCCUGGAAAACCCAUCUAUGAUUGUUACGCUGGAAGGCAGAUCUUCCGUAGCAGAUUAUGCCAUGGUGAAGGUGCCACAGACGUUAAGCCUAUCCCACUACCGCUUUCCAUCUGCAGGACAGUCAUACAUCUCUGUUCCGGGAGAAGCAUUUAUGAGCAAAUCUCGAACGACCAUUGUUGGAUUGCUGUACCACACUAUGCAUCGCCACUACAGGCAGAUUAAACCGAGUGACACCAGAAUCUCAGAAGCAAAUCGGUUCAAGGAUCAUAUGAUCUCAGCGGCCAGUUACCUCAUCUCUUUGAAGGUUGAGCCACCUCCAUAUCUGUGUCCAAACCUAUCUGGGUCACCUCUUAUUACAAUACAGCUGACACACAUCCUGACUCAUCGACUCUACAUAGAAGCCGCCAACAAUAGUAAUCUUGUACACUUGUAUUGUGCCUUUCUGGACUUCAGCUCUGGUUUAGGUAUCUGGUCCAGUGAAGGAUGCAUUCGUGUAGAAGGAAACUUAAAUUACAGUGUUUGUCGCUGCAAUCAUCUUACUAACUUUGCCAUUCUAAUGCAGGUUGUUCCAGUCACGCUUUCUGAAUCCCACAAGGUGGCGCUGUCCUCCAUCAGUUAUGUUGGUUGCUCUCUGUCUAUUUUCUGCCUGGCAAUUACUCUGGUCACAUUUGCUAUACUUUCCUCAGUGAGCACAAUCAGAAAUCAACGAUAUCAUAUCCACGCCAACCUCUCAUUCGCAAUAUUGGUUGCACAGAUCCUGCUCCUUAUCAGCUUUCGCUUUGUUCCUGGAACGUUACCCUGCAAAAUCGUAGCGAUCCUGCUGCAUUUCUUCUUCCUAAGUGCCUUUGCCUGGAUGCUCGUGGAAGGUCUGCACCUCUACAGUAUGGUUAUCAAAGUCUUUGGGUCGGAAGAGAGCAAGCACUUCUACUACUAUGGAAUUGGAUGGGGUUCUUCCUUGGUUAUCUGCAUUGUGUCUGCAACAUCUGCGCUGGACAGCUAUGGAGUUGGGGAAAAUUGCUGGUUGUCUCUGCAGAAAGGAGCAAUAUGGGCAUUUGUGGCUCCUGCAUUGUUCGUUAUCGUGGUCAAUAUUGGUAUCCUCAUUGCAGUAACCAGGAUCAUCUCCAGGAUUAGUGCUGAUAACUACAAAGUCCACAGAGAUGCCAACGCUUUCAAAUUAACAGCUAAAGCUGUUGCAGUGCUCCUGCCGAUCCUGGGAAGCUCCUGGAUCUUUGGAGUCCUUGCUGUCAAUGAACAGUCCAUAGUGUUUCAAUAUAUGUUUGCCAUCUUCAACUCUUUGCAGGGAUUUUUCAUCUUCUUAUUCCAUUGCCUUCUCAAUUCAGAGGUGAGAGCAGCUUUUAAGCACAAAACAAAGGUGUGGUCCCUGACAAGUAGUUCUAUUCGCAACAUCAAUGUAAAGCCUUUCAACUCUGAUGUAAUGAAUGGGAAUCGAGCCAAUACGUCUCCAACCAAGAUGAAUACGUGGGACAAAAGCAGCAAUUCAGCCAACAGAAUUGACUUGUCUGCUGUCUGAUUAUGAGAGGGUUUUACAACCAAUAAAAAAAAAAUCACUGGAGGCCUUUUUGUACAUAAGUUUGUCUUUCCCUAAUUCAACGGAAGGUGCCUUAUCUUUAUUAAUACUCGGAUAUUUCCACCAUGUUUACUACAGGGAAGGUUUUGCUUUUUCAGCCUGAAGAAACCAAUUUGUCUUCAAGCACACGACUACAAAGAAACAACUCCAAAUAAAGUGUUGCAAGUGCCAAGAUGCCUUAGAGACCAUCUUCUGCUAAGUACCUAGAAAGCAUCAAGGAAAAAAGUAAUGUUAUACCGUGCAAUAGCCUGCAUUACUAAACUGAUCACUGCAGGAUUAUUGUGUGACAGUGGAAGACA